GUUAGCUCUGGCACUCGUCGCACAUAGGCCUUAUUUCCUGCACGUCGGAACAUAAUAGCAAGCGCACGUCACCUCUUACGCGUCCGGUUGUGUUUCAGCAGCGCUCACGGCUCGUUGUGGGCUGCCGAAGAGAUGUCGAGCAAUCUCGUGGCAGAGCUGGCCGCCGCAGGCGUCGCUUGCAGCGUUGCCGACGGCCUGUUUCAUCCGCUCGACACGCUGAAGACUCGGCUGCAUGCAACACCGACGAACCUAUCAAAGGUUAUCGUCGACGCGGGCGGCGGCCUCCGCGGACUGCUUGAUCUGUGGACGUCCGGCCUCGCGGCCACUGCUGCGCGCGCAUUAACCUUCGCCGCAACGCGUGUCGGCGCUUAUCCGAGUGUACGUGACGCGAUGUCCUCGGACGCAUCGGUUUCGGUGCGCGUGGCCGCCGGCUCGUUAACGGGCGCGUUGGCCGCGGCCGUAUUUACACCACUGGACGUCCUACGACUUCGGUCUCAGCUAUCAUCCCGUGCGCACCCGACGCUCGACGUUCUCGGCGGCUUACGCAAACUCGCCGCGAGCGAAGGCUCGUCCGCGUUGUGGAGAGGUGCGAGCGUGAACGUCGCGCGAGCGGCGGUUUUAACCUCGGCGCAACUCGCGAGCUACGACGGCGCCAAACGGUAUCUUCGUGACGAGCGCGGCUGGCGGGAGGACGACUCGUUACACGUCACGGCGGCGCUGGCUGCGGGCGCGAUCGCGCAGACGUUCGUUCAGCCACUCUGCGCCGCGCGAACGAGGAUAUUUGUCGGACAGCGGCCCGCGAGCGGACCCUUCUGGAGGGGCUACGCCGCCGGGCUCGCUCGCCAGGGACCCGUCCUCGCGGUCACUCUGACCUUGACCGAACGCGCCCGGGCGGAGCUCGGCCUGUCGCCCAUGUAG